GUGUGAUAUGAUUCCAAAUUCUUUCUUGAAGUAUCUUUCCUCAUGACACAUUUACAUUAUGUUUAGAUAAGUAUAACAUAGUAAAUAAAGUAGGUUAUAUAUUUUGUAAACUGAGUUGAAUUUUAAACCAAGUUGACCAAAAGUCAAGUUGUUUCAAAGCAAGUAUUCAUGCGCGUAUUAUAGUAAACCAAGUUAACUAUUUCGAGUUAUUAUUUAUUUUAUAAAACUAAGUUGACCGCAUGCAUCAAUUUAACUCGCUCCAUUGUUCUUAGCAAAGUUCCCGAUCUAUUAAAGUCUGGAUAAUGAGGUAACAGACUAAAUUGUGUUCAUAAUAGGGUUAGGUGUUUGAUGAGACAUUUCGCAUCAAGCUAGAAUAUAUGUACAAGGAUUUUACAUUUCAAGUACAAAAUGAGUGUGUUGUGGCUGAAAUUCUUUCAACAAACUCACCGUCCCUGUAGACAAGAUACUUCAGUGCAGCUUGCUGUAUUGUAAACCUUUUUCAUUAAGUAAUAGACCUAUUUCUGUGUGACGUCACAUUGUUGUCAUUACCAGGCCUCAACGCGGACUGGAGUCAAAACAAACCGCGAUUUGCUGUGAAAUGCAUAAAUAAUUGCUUCUUCCUUGUUCUCAGAUAUACUGAAAUAAAUAACAAGCUUGUUUUCCCUCUGACUUGUAUCUUCUAUAAUAAAUCUAAUGUUUUGAUUCUGUUUUUUUUCAACUGGAUUGUAAAGACGAAGGUUUCAGAAAAAUAUAAAAACAAUCAUUAUGGCUACGUAUAACAAUAUCAUUUUCUCUUUAUAGGAUCUUUUGAUUGGUUGCAACGAAAAGGUGUGGGGUAUCGAGUCAAACAUGAUUGCGAUUUUUUUUUUCUAGGAACCAAUCAUUUUCCACUUCAAAGUUGAAUGUGCACGUGAGUCUAAAAAAUGCUCACGUUUUUCAAAAAAACAACAACUAUGUUUCUAGAAGCAAAAAAAAGAAGAAAAUUCCCGCCUUUUGGAUUAGAGUGUGAUUGAAGAUGGUUGAAAUAUGGAAAGAAGAAUCCCCGUAUUUUAAAACACUAAUCUUAGAAGAAGAUCGUUUGCAUUUUAAAAAAAAAUUGACACUCGAAAAUGAGGUUCUUUUAGAAGACCCUUUCAACAUAGAGGAGGGUAACUGGACCACUGAUGUUAAACAGCUGCCUGAUGUUUGUUACCCUGAUAUUUGGAACUAUCUCAUUGAAACGUCAAGUGAAUUCACAAAAGACAAAAUGAAAGCUUACAAAUCCCUUGAAUCGUACAACUUUUUUGUUUCGGGACACGUACAUCAAGUUUAUAUUCACAAGAUUGAACACCAAAAUUUUUCUUUUGUCAAAACUAAAGUUUUACCCAGUCAACGACAAGGCCAGAAAGAAGUUCUCUAUGAAGUUUGGGUUUGCAUACACAAAAGUGGAUGGAUAUUAAGUGCCAAUUGUACUUGUAUGUCGGGGCUCGGUUCAGCUUGCAGUCACACUGGGGCAUUACUAUUCAAAUUGCAAGCAUGCACUCAGUUUGAGCUCAACAAAGAGGAUGCUUGUACUAGUAAGCUGUGUGAAUGGAACAAGGCAAGAAAGCGUGCCCAUCCUGCACCCUUACAUAAAAUCAAUUUUAAACGUCCCAAGAAGAACGAGAUAUUACCUAAAAUUGCCAGCCCAUUCAAAGGAACUCUUGAAGGAUUUAGUCGUGCAGAUCCUGUUAAAUUUUGUCAUGACUCCCAAAUUACAAUAUUAAAAGAACUAAAGCAAAUAACUCCUAAUGCAGCAGUUCUAACAUGUAUCAGUCUCAAACUUCGUGAUGACCCUAGUUCAGGUGAAGAUACAGAUACUGCAUAUGAAACUGAAGAAAAUACUGUGCCUAAACUGUUAACCAGCUUUUUUGACCCAUGUAGUGUGAACUACAGUGAACAAAAGAUUUCACAAGUUUGUGAUAAACUUUACAAAAAUUACAAAGGACAAACAGAUCAAAAACAAUAUGAUAAUUUAACUAAAAUAACUAAAGACCAAAGCCAAUCAAAUAAAUGGAUGCUUUAUCGUGCUGGAAGAAUCACUUCAUCCAACUGCAAGAAAGCAUAUACAUGUAAUAUUCAAAAACCAGCAAUUUCAACAAUAAAAUCUAUCAUGCAAUACAAUGAAAAUAUUUCAACUCCAUGAAUGAAAUAUGGUAAAGAAUCAGAGCCAAAAGCCUUCAAAAGUUUUAAUGAAAUGAUGAAAACUAAGCAUGAAAAUUUUACAGUGGAUAUUACUGGUCUUCAUAUCAAUGAAAAAUAUCACCAUAUU